GCAAGUCGUUCCCAACGCAACCAAGAACGCAAGUUACCAUGGAAACAAACAUAAACGUUUACUAACGUUAGCUUGCAGAGCGGACUGUCGAGUGAAGUUUACAGGAAUAUACAUCUUAUAACUCGCUGAAAUACAGAUACAAAGUAAGAAUAGAUUGUUUUUAUUUCUUCUGCUUUUUAGUUUGAUAUAUUUUUGGCGAUGUCCACUCCUGAAGUCCAAGAAACGACGGGAAAUAAAGUAGUGAAAGCGACUCAUGCGGGAUGCGGAGAUGCCGUGAUGAAGGAUGGAGCUGAAGAAAGCGAGGAAAAUAACAAAAACCCGCAGGAGACAAAGGAAAAAUAUUCAGGUCCACGAAUGACCAAGAAGUUCCUGAAAGACCACUGUAAGGAGAACAAACUGUACUACACACCUUGCCUGAAUGACACACUAUACCUGCAUUACAAAGGCUUUCUCGCCAUUGAGAACCUAGAGGAGUACACAGGUCUGAAGUGUCUCUGGCUGCAAAGCAAUGGCAUUCAACGCAUUGAGAACUUGGAUGCCCAGACUGAUCUGCGCUGCUUGUUCCUUCAGCAGAACUUGAUCUACAAGCUGGAAAACCUUGAACCUCUGAAAAAGCUCGGCACCCUCAAUGUGUCCAACAACUACAUACGCACCAUUGAGAACCUCUCCUGCCUCCCUGACCUGUGCACUCUGCAGAUUUCACAUAACAAGCUGGAGACAGCGGGGGACAUUGAGCAUCUGAGUCAGUGUCUAGAAAUCAGUGUGCUGGACUUGUCUCACAAUCUGUUAAAUGACCCUGAGAUCCUUCUUGUGCUUGAGGCUUUGCCAGAGCUGCGGGUGCUAAAUCUAAGUGGAAAUGAGGUGGUGAAAAAAAUCCCAAACUACAGGAAGACCAUGAUUGUGCGUCUCAAGCAGCUCACCUUUCUGGAUGAUUACCCCGUGUUCCCCAAAGACCGGGCGUGUGCAGAGGCAUGGGCGGUGGGAGGUCUGGAAGGGGAGCGGAAAGAGAGGGAGCAAUGGGAGACGCGAGAGAGGAGGAAAAUUCAGGACAGCUUGGAUGGCAUAGCGAAGAUUCGAGAGGCAGCCCUGGAAAGACGACGCAUUCGAGAGCUACAUGAGAAAGGGGCAACUGAGACUCAGAGUGAGGACCAUGACACCCAGAUUGUGACUUCAUCAAAAGGAGAGACGAUUCAAGCCUUCAUGCAGGACUGCCUGGACGCCCAUGAAGAGUUCUUGCAUCAGCCAAGCUGUGAACAUCUGGAAGCAGAGCAGCCAGGUCAAGACUUACAGAGGGAGCAGUUAGAGAACGAUAACCUGGAGAAAUCACAGAUGAAGCAGCCUGUGAGCGAAAUCAAUGAGGGAGUGAAUCCAGAGCACGCAGCACAAGAGCUACAGAGUUCUGCAGGACAGAUACUUGAGACAGAACAUGUAGAUGACAGCCACUCUGGUGGAAUCCAGUUUGUGAGAAAUGAAGCAGAGAGCACAAGCGAGCAGUCUGAAAAGAAGCUACCUUCUUUGGUCAGGGCAGCUCCUCCUGAGGCAGACGACGCUGUACCAGCAUAUGGUCCUGGACCACUGGUUACAGAGCUAGAGGAAGCUGAGCAGCUGGAAACAAUUCACCUUCCACCACACUUCUCACUGCGUGUCGAUGACCUGCCUGACCUGGAGGAUGUGGACACAGAAGACUUCACAGCAAUGCUUUCUUCUGAGCAAGUGUUCAAACCUAAAAUAGAGGUCAUAUCAGGAGGCAGUGAUGAGGGCGAACCAGUCAGUAAUCAGCGUGAGGGCAUGUCCACCUUUGGGCCAGAUAAAAAUUCACUGUUCAUAAUGAGCAACAAAUCAGCUGGGGUCUGUGCCAAGUCUUCAUCAUUGGUGUAUCCAGAAGAUGAGGAUAACCCUGAGCCAUGCAUUGGUGACAUUGUUGGAAAGUCCGUAACAAACCAAACCUCUUCUCCACCACGCUGCCUGAUUGAGGAGCUGGACUGAUGCUCUGAAGUUUUGAAGCAUUUUUGUCUGAUUAAAGUGACAAACUAGUCUCACAGGACACACCCCAAAUGAAAUGUCCUAAUGCUGGUCAUGUGAGGCUGUGAGAAGCCCAAUCAGGGCACAGCUUUGAUUUUAAAAAUGAAUAUUUAGAGGUUAUUGUUACAGUGAAAUAUAAUUCAUGCAUGUGCAUAUUUGUUACAGAAUUUGGAGCCGUUUUGUUUAUAUGGUUGUUAAUUAUUAGAAAACAGGUUACAUCUUACAUGAACUGUUGUUUCCUAAUAUAAUCUUUUUCUUUAAAUGCUGUAAUUUUUAAAAUUAUAUUUAGUGGUUAUUGUUAUAAUGAAAUGUAAAGAGUUUCAAAGCCACUUUGUUCAUAUGGUUAAUUGUUAGACUGUGAAAAAACAGAAUAAAUCUUACAUGAACUGUUCAAUGGUAUUCUUCUCCUUAAGGCAAAAAUACCCCCCC